AUGCAACAAGAGAAUGAUCUACAUGAAACAUCUACAAGUGACAGAAAAAAUGGAAUUAUACCAAGAUCUAGGAAGCGAUCAACAGUAAAACACUUGGGAAAACAAGAAUGUGAUGUUUGUCAUAAACUAUUGAGAUGCAAAGCUGAACUUAAACGGCAUUAUACAAUUCAUUCUGGUGAGAGAAAUUUCAAAUGUAAUAUUUGUCUAAAGACAUUCAGUUUAAAAUCUCACCUCGUAGCACAUUCUAAGAUCCAUACUGGAGAAAGAAAGUUCAAAUGUGAUAUCUGUAGUAAGGCAUAUAUCCAAAAGUGUCAACUCAAAGACCAUUAUAUAAUUCAUACUGGAGAGAAAUGUUUCAAAUGCGAUGUUUGCUCUAAGACAUUUUACAAAAAAAUUAGCCUUACAAAACAUUAUAAGCUCCAUACUGGAAAGAAACUUUUCGAAUGUGGCGUCUGUUUAAAGACAUUUAAUGAAAAGUCUAACCAAGUAAGACAUUCUAAGAUACAUACUGGAGAGAGGAAUUUCAAAUGUGAUGUCUGUUCAAAGGCAUUUAAUGGAAAAUCUAGCCUUAUAAAUCAUUCUAAGAUCCAUACUGGAGAGAAAAUGUUUAAAUGUGAUGUCUGUGGUAAGAGAUUUAUAAAACAUUCUCAACUCAAAAAUCAUCAUGUAAUUCAUACUGGUGACAGGAAUUUCAAAUGUGAUGUUUGCCUGAAGACAUAUUUCCUAAAAUCUAGCUUGGUAUCACAUUCUAAGGUGCAUACUGGAGAGAGAAAUUUUAAAUGUGAUGUGUGUGGUAAGACAUUUAUCCAAAACUUUAGAGUGGUAGCACAUUCUAAGGUACAUACAGGAGAGAGAAAUUUCAAAUGUGAAAUUUGUUCUAGGACAUUUACCCAAAAAUCUGGUCUAGUGACACAUUUUAAGAUUCAUACUGGGGAGAAGAAUUUCAAAUGUGACAUUUGUCCAAAGACAUUUAUCAAAAAGUCUGCUCUGGUAAGACAUUCUAAGAUCCAUACUGGAGAGAAAGAUUUCAAAUGUGAUGUUUGUGGUAAAACAUUUAGCAGAAAGGAUCAACUCAAGAUACAUUAUGUACGUCAUACCGGAGAGGGAAAUUUCAAAUGUGAUGUUUGUUGCAAGAUAUUUUUCACCAAGGCUCAUCUCAAGUCACAUUAUGUAAUUCAUACUGGAGAGAGGAAUUUCAAAUGUGAUGUUUGCCAGAAGACAUUUACCCAAAAAUCAAGCCUUACAGCACAUUCUAAGACCCAUACUGGCGAGAAAAACUUCAAAUGUUCUAUCUGUUUAAAAGCAUUUUACAGCAGAUACAAACUUGUACAACAUUCUAACGUCCAUACUGGUGAGAGAAGUUUCAAGUGUGACAUUUGCUUUAAAUCAUUUAAGGGAAAGCCAACACUCAGAAAACAUUAUUUAGUUCAUACUGGAGAGAAGAAAUACAAAUGCAAUGUCUGUCUAAAGACAUUUAGGCACACAUCUACCCUAAAUAAACAUUCUGUGAUACACACAGGAGAGAGAAACUUCAAAUGCAAUGUUUGUCUAAAAACAUUUAACCAAAGGGCUAACCUUGAAAAACAUUUCAAAAUACAUACUGGAGAGAGGAAUUACAAAUGCAAUGUUUGUCUAAAGACAUUUAUCCAAAAAACCAACCUUGAAUCUCAUUGUAUUACUCAUAGUGGAGAGAAGAAUUUCAAAUGUGAUAUUUGUUUAAAGAAAUUCAGGGACAAAUCUACCCUUCGAAGACAUUUUAAAAUACAUACUUGA